AGUCUUACGAGGCCAUCCGGCCAAUUUAAUCGGAUAUAACUUUUUUUUGCCAUUUACAAAUUUGUGUUGUUUAAAGAGAUAUUUGGAAAUUCAUUUUUUUGGGUUAUAAAUCUUAUUGGUUAAUCCAAAAAGAGAGAGAGAAAUAAGCUGAAAAAUAGACGCCUAGAGUGAUUAUAGCUAUUUAGUAAAAAGAAAAAGGAAACAAUAAACGAAUCGAGAACUUGGAACGAUUCAAUUCACGCUUUCCGCCAGUCACGCUCCGUCGAUAUGUUCCUGUUUGUAUAUCGGAAUAUUGACGACGCCGGCGACGCCUUUUGAAAACGGAGCGUUUUUUUUUUUAGUUACAAAUUAACAAGAGAAGCGUCGCUGGUAUGCGUAUGCUUUAUAUAUUACUACUACUUUCAAGCCUGAUAGUGGUUUCGGAUGGAGCUCUGUGGUCUGGACGCAAAUGUUGUGAGCUAUUCAUUAGCAAAUCAUGCAGAAGAUCUUGCGAGCAGGCAAAAUCCAGAUUGAAUAUAGAUCCCAAGUGCUUUCGCGACGAGGAUUACAAGCCUUUCGAAGAUUGUUUAAAAAGAGGCGAAGGAUCAAAAAAAUGCUGUAAUCAGAGAAGCAUCCGAAGAAAAUGUAAGCAGAUUUGUAAGAGAACGUUCGUCACCCAAUAUCCGUCCGCUGAAGAACUACUGCAAGUUCAAUCGUCUUGCGAAGAGAACGUCUCCGAUUGCGUCGAUCGAUUCUUUGUAAACGGACCAAAGCCUAUCCAGAAUUCGAAUUUUAGCGCCUGCUGCGAUGAGGGAGAAUCGGUCGAAUGCCAGCUAAGUUGCAGACGAAUUCUAUCGACAGUUAACAAUCACGAAUUAGCCCUGGAAAGUAUUAGUAAAAAAUGCGGACCAUCGAGCUUUGAUAACAAACUGUGGCUUUGCUUUUAUAAGAGAACGGCCAAAAGGAGAGGUUAUCAAUUGCCUAUAGAUGGCGCUUUGCUUCAAUGCUGUCAAAAAGCCGAAAGUAAAGAUUGCUUGAAACGAUGCAGGGAGAAUUACGAUAAGAAUUAUUUUAAUUUUAACGAAUUCGAUAGUAUAUGCCUACACGGAACUGAAUUGGGUAGGUGUAUCGAAAACGUCGAAAGGCCCUGUAGGGGUGGGUGCAAAAAGUUAGAGUUCUGCUCAAAUUUCAUUGGUAGACCCGAUGAAAGUUUCCAGAAUUGUUCUCCGCGUGGUGAUGCGGCUGCUGAACAGAUUAUGAGGGAAUUACUGUCCGGAGGCAAUACGGGUAAACCUAAAAAGAUAAACGAGGCCUAUGUUAACAUCCUUAAGGGAUGCCCUUACGAUAUACAAAAAGCUACCGUGUGCGCAAUGAGUAUCAAACCGUGCAAAAGGUAUUCACCGUCGGAGAAACUUUGUAGAUACGAUUGCAGGAGAAUAUUGCAUGAAUGCAGCAGUCGUUCAGGCGAAAUGAACAUUGAGGCAAUGUGCGAUCUAGUUUCGCCAACCGACCCGAAAGAACCUUGUUUUUCUGUACUUAAAUAUGCAAAAGAGAGUAUUUUUACAUCUUCUAUCUCUCAAUAUUCAACGUUUACAUCGGUCAGUCAACCCUGUUCGGAACGUACUUGUUCGGAGAUUAAUGAAAUAUGCGUAUUAAAUAAGAGGCAUUGUAGAGAUUCCAAUUGCGACAAGUUUAAAUGUCUGAAAUCUUGCGGAGUCGGUCAAUCAUCAAUAAUUCAAGUACCUCACAAGUCGUUAGUAAGCAUUCCAGAUUUUAGCUCGAACAAGGAUUGCUGGAGGUUAUGCAGCUGUUCGAAAAACGGUCGAUUAGAAGAUUGUUCAGAGGCUGUAUGUCCGGAAGUCGGCUUUUGUUGGUACAAUGGGUCGUCAAGGCGUCACGGCGUCUCUUUUGAGGAUGAUUGUAGGACGUGUGUCUGCUUCGAUAAACGAGUUGUUUGUACAGGACAAACAUGCCGAAAUUACUGUCCCGCUCUUUAUAACCCCUAUUGCGCGUAUAAAGUGGGUCGAAAUUUCGUUAAUGAAUGCUAUGCAAAAAAGGCCGGCUUCGGCAAAAACGAACUCAGAAGAGGACGUUGCGGAACCAAAAAUCCGUGUUAUAAUGCCAUCUGUGAGACUGUCUAUCACAGUAAGUGCAUGCCUCAACGCCAAACGUGUUUAACUGAGGUCAAUUGCCGUCAGCAUCGUUGCGAGGUAAUUGAUCCAGUCACCUGCGCCCAAAGUUACAAAGACCCCGUUUGCGAUACCAACCAACGCCAACACAAUAACAUAUGCCGGAUGUGGGAAAAGAAGGCAAAAUUAUCGCAUUUUGGCUCCUGUCACAGGCAAUGCAUGUCCAACGGAACUGUCUGCGGACAGAAUGGGGAAACCUAUCCGAGCGAAUGCUUAGCCUGGUCUUUCGGAGUAGCCGUUGAUUAUCAGGGUAGCUGUCGUGUGAUACCUUUUACAGUGGAGGACACCGGAAAGGACCGUUGCGUCGAUGUCAGAUGCCAGAUAACUGAUUGGAAAAAUUUUUGCCAACCGAUAACACUGCCGGGUUUGUGUUGCCCCGUCUGCGGUGGAACGAUAACAGCUAUCUAUAGUCCAACUGCGGCCGAUAAGGUCGCCCAGGUCAGCGGUUCAUACCUGUCAACUUUUAACCUAACACAGAUCCUACGUAAUCAAUUAACUGUAGACGAAUGCGAGUUAUUCACCUAUAUCAGCCAGGAUAAUCGCCUUGUAUUUACGGUCCUACCAGUUGCUCGACCUUUAACAGCCCUCAGGGCUAAGGCUUGCGUAGGUCAGGCUGUAAUGAUCGGCAGUAUGCUAUCCUCCCGCCAUCCUGCAUUAUAUUCCUACGCCGCUAUUUCAAUUAUCAUACAAGCGGAGACAAAAACUGCUCAAGUAUUCGAAUCUGGUCAGGCAAAUGCACAGUCUGAUAAAUAUCUCCUAGCACUUACAAUCAUCCUUAUAAAUAGCCUCUUCACUGUUCAAACAGUAUUCUAAAUUGAACAAACUUUUUAUUCAAUACAAACUAAUACAUUUGUUCUUUUUUAUACUUUGUUCAUUUACUGUUUUUUUUUUGGUUUGUUUUUAACCAUUUCCAAAGGUGCAUAUUGUUGUUUUUUUUUUUGUUGUAUAUCUUCAAUUCUUAACUUAAAUGAAACUCUUUUUCUUUUUCAAAACGAAAGUACAAUACAAACUUUAACUAUCUCUUUUCUCUUUUAUACAUACUGUAUAUAGUAUAUAUACACAUUGAAUAAGACAAAAUACAUUGCAUAAUAUUAAUAAUAAACUGUAUUACAAACUUUCUUUAUCUAUUUGUCUUUCUCUAUAAUUGAAUUUUUUAUAUUGUAUGCACUAUUAUACGCCUUGUUCCCUCAAUCAUCUCGGAUGGAAAGUUAUUUUUAGACUUCUCUCUUCAUUCGUUUCCUUCAUUCAAUUUAUUUUUUGAAUAUUCAUUGACAAAACAGAUUUUUGUUGAUUGUUAUAGCAGAAUGAUUACCAACACCUUGAUUAUUUUUGUUUUAAUAGUCUCUAAAUAGGAGUUAAAUACCCGUAUUAACAUUAUUACGUAAUAUUUAUCUUGUGUUAUCGCUAGUCCUUUAUUUU